UAUAACCUAUCAAAAUUUCAUACAUAAUAGUCAGAUUCCGAGUAAUGAAUUAGUUGGAAUUUGCAUAUUUAAAAUAAAAAUUGUGGGGAACGAGACUACUGUCAUUGGCUAUCAGUAACAAUAAAUUUUUCCAGUACAUUCUAAUUGUUCUUUAUGAAAUUAUCAAAUAAAAUUUAUUUAUUUAUAUUUAUAAUAUCUAUCAUUAUUAUUUCAAAUACUUGAAUAAUGGAUAAUGAUGAAAUAUACAAAUUACUCGCAAGAUUUAUCAACAAUUUGAUUCCUUUGAAUGAUCAAAAUAAUCCAAGUAAAAAUUCUCAAGACUUAGCAAUUAAUGGACAACUCGUUGAAAUUAAUUCAUCAUCAUCUUCCACAUUAGUAGUCAUCAAUUUUCUCGAACAAAUUUGUAAAUUAUUGAAAAAAAAUAUCAUUAGCCCACAUGAUUUAUGCUUCGCUUUCAAUGAACAUUAUUGUAAAUUGAAUCUUGUUGAUGAUCCAUGUCAAUUAAUAGCAAUAGGUAAAUUAACAAAACAAUUUCAAGUAUUAUAUCAAUUAUUAAAUGAACGAUUGCCUAUAAGUGAUAUCAUAAAGAACCCCAGUAUUUCAGUGAGUCAGCCAAGGUAUCACAGUGAUUUUGUUGAGUUAAAGUUUAUAGCGUCCGGUGGUUUUGGUACCGUAUAUAAAGUACGUCAUCGUCUAGACGAUCACGAGUAUGCUGUAAAGAAAGUAUGUGUGACUCUAGAUAAAGUUCACAAAAUAAUAAAAAUAUUAGAUGAAGUGAAGACUCUAGCUAAAUUGAAUCAUACCAAUGUCAUAUCAUACAAAAAUGCGUGGAUUGAAGAGGGUUAUUCCACAAUAAAUGUACCAAAUAUUACCGAAUCUCAAGUGUCGUCCGAUUUUAGUAAAAAUAAUAAUAGUGAUAGAUUACUUUCAUCCUCAUCGUUACCUGGAUCUUUAAAUAUAUCCUCUAGGAAAUUUAAAAUAAGAAGUUUUAAUGAACCUGGAUGUUCAACUGAUAUUUAUACUAAUAGUAAUAGUAAUUGUAAUGGUAAUGAUAGUGUUCAUCAUAAUCGACUACUCAAUUCAUCUGUGAUUGUUGAAGAAGUUAUUAAUAGUAAUAAUACUAAUAAUGUUAGCAAUUGUAAUUCAUCAGACACAAUUGAUUCAUUUGUCAGUUUUAGAAAUGACAAUGAUAAUGAUAAUGAUAAUAAUGAUGGUAAUCAUUAUAAUUAUAAUAGUAAUAGUUACAGUACUGGCAGUGAUAUUGAAGAAAUUGAUGAAGAAGAAAAUAAUUCGGGUGUUGAAGAAAUUUGUAAUCGUCAAGUUUGUGAAUAUAAAUCGAGACCAGAUGUUGUAACUUUGUAUAUACAAAUGGCAUUAUGUGAACAAUCAUUAAGAAAGUGGUUGGAUAGCAGAAAAAACCAAAUAAGUCCAGUGUCGACCAUAACUGGAAUAUUUAUGCAAAUUUUGAAAGGUCUAGAAUACAUACAUUCGCAUGGUAUUAUUCAUCAUGACAUAAAACCGUGUAAUAUAUUUAUUUCAACGUCGAAACUACCUCACAUACAAAUCGGAGAUUUUGGAUUGGCAUGUCUUGUUAAAAAAGAAAAUGGACAUACUGUUCCAUUCGGAACUGAAAUGUAUGCAGCGCCUGAACAACUUAGUGGUAGUUGUGAUCCAAAGAGCGAUUUAUAUAGCCUUGGAAUUAUUCUAAUGGAACUAUUAUAUCCUACGAGAACAUUUAUGGAGCUGGACAAUACAUUGAAAUUAUUAAAACUUGGGAAAAUUCCUGAUACCUUAGAAAAACGAUAUCAAAAAUACGGGGAAAUAAUAAUCCAACUUCUUGCUCCUGAUCCAAAAGAACGGCCAUCGUCGUCAGAAUUAUUGCAAGAAUUGAAAGACAAUAAAGAUUUUAUAAUAGACAGGUUAGAAGAAGAGAUAAUUGAAAAAGAUGAAGCCAUACGUGAAUUAAAAAUACUAAAUCAGAUAUUGCUGAGUCAGCUAUUGAAAGUUAAAAUUAAUAAUAAUCCGAAAUUAAAAAGACAAAAUAUUAAAAUAAAAGUUAGAUAUUUUGAUAAAAAAUAAUAAUUUACCUCUACUAAUAUUUAUCAGCAAUUUAUCGACUAAUCAUCUAAUCAAUUUGUGAUUAUUUAUUUGUAUAGUGAAUGCUGUAAUAGUGAUUUAUAGUUUUAAAUUAUUAAUAGUGGAUGCCAGUAAACUGCCAUUCAAAUCAAGUAUUAAUGUUGAAUAUAAAUCUAUAUAUUUUUUUUGUGAUA